GCAGAAAGGAAAGGAAAAGUCUCUCCGCUGCUCGGAACUUGUUGGCAAUGCCUAGGGUGCAACGGCCCCCCACAUUUCCCCAAGUCACACUUUAAGGAAAGAAAGACAGGGAAGAGAAAGAGAUACGAAAGAUCUGCAGUCGCAAAUGGUUGUACUCAAUAUAGGAUGGGACUUAAGUUGAACGGCAGAUACAUUUCUCUGGUCCUCGCUGUGCAGCUAGCAUACCUGGUGCAAGCAGUCAGAGCAGCGGGCAAGUGCGAUGCGGUCUUUCAGGGCUUCUCGAACUGUGUGCUCAAGAUGGGCAAUAAGAUUGCCACCUACCCUCAAGACCUGGACGACAAGAGAAAUCUCGAAACAAUAUGCCGGUACUGGGACGAUUUCCAUGCCUGCACCCUCACAGCCCUCACGGAUUGCCAGGAAGGGGUGACAGACGUCUGGGAAAAACUGAAAGAGAAAUCCAAAAAGCUUGACUACGAAGGCAACUUGUUUGUCCUGUGCAGCAAAACACAGCGGGCAGCUUCGUCGGUGGUGGCUUCUGCCUCCCCUUUGCUGCUGGUGGCUCUCUCGGUGGCCCUGGCGACGUACUUCUCCUUUUAGAAGGCCGCCCCCCUGCCCCACACUUCGUGUAGAGCACGCCUGUCCACAUGACAACAUGACAACAACAACGUUUCCUCCUCGCCCUGCCUCCUCUUCCUCCUGCCCAGACACCCCACUGCUUCUUCUCUCUUUCUCCAGGAACUGGAUUUACAGAGGAAAAGUCUCCAUCUCUUUUGCUUUGGGGGAACCAGGGGAGAGGGAGAUCUGUUGCGAAUUCUCCAUGAUGCCCGCCAUGACACCCGCCUGAGAAAGGUUUGGGGAGGAAAGAGAGAGAAACGGCCGCCACCAAGAACUACCACCGCCACCACCGCUCUGACGACGACAAGCACUUUUCUCUCUCUCUCUCUUUUGGCCUCCCUGGUUUCUUUUGCAUUCUGAUGAUUUGCCAAAUGGUACCAAAUGGCAGGCCUGCAAGCCGGCCAACAGCCAAAAUCGGACCUCAGCUUUAUGCCUCUCUUCUUCUUCUUCUUCUUCUUCUUCUUCUUCUUCUUCUUCUUCUUCUUCUUCUUCUUCUUCUUCAGACCAAGGUCAACUGGAGCCCUUCUUUCUUGUGUGCAAAAAGAAAUCUCAGGAACGGCCUUCGAGCCACCACCGAAUACUCCUAAUAAAAUAAAAUAAAAAGCGUUAAUAGGUAAUAAGAGUAAUAAUAAAAAUAGAAUGCUACUAAUGACACUGCUUGCAGCGACAAAUGGAGGGGCUCUUCUGGGAAACAUCUACGGGGAAGGAUGAGUUGAGAGAGGAAAUGUAAGAGGAA